CCACUUUGGACUUCCGCCAUUUUGCUUGUUUGUUGAAGGUGGUUUUUGUUGUUUUAAUUACUAUUUUAAUGUGUUUGGUGAUGGGUGGGAGGAUCGAUUGGUAUAUGGUUUAUUCAUGCUUGACGUAUUAUCAUACUAGUGUGAGUGUCACACGGCCUUGUAUGUUCCUGAAGAUAUACUGUAGCACUCACGAUGAUUCUUUGUUUGACUUGGCGAUGAUAUUGUAAACACCAAACUAUGUCAGAUCAAAUGGUUGAUCCUAAUGAGCCAUCAGCGUACAUUGCAAAUGCUGAUGGUACAUACACAGCCAUACCGUUCAGUCAGACUGAAGAUGGGCAAGUGGUAUUGCAGCUAAAUGAGAUGGGUUUGUCCAAUGAAGGUGAAGAAAUGGUUCUAAUUGCUGCUGAUGACACAGCGACAUUGGAAAGUCUGAUUGCUUCGGGUGCUGUUACAGCUAUUGCUGCUGAGAAUGGUACAGAGUAUCUACAGUUCACAGAUCCUGGUAUGGAAGGGGCUCAGGUCAUCGAGUUACCAGCAGAUCAAAUGCAACUUUGGGAUCCGAAUUCCAAAGCAUACUAUGAUGCAUCAGGUAUAGGACCUGGUUUCGUUGCUUUAACAGGGCAAUCUAGUGGUGUCACUUACCGUUGUCCAUCUUGUCCAGCUAUGUAUGCUAAUGCUAACGCCUUUACUAAACACAUGCGCGAAAAACAUUUCGUUAAAGUUUACACAUGUCGUCAAUGUGAAGAGUUUUUCGAAACUCUCAGUCAGUUAUUUCUGCAUGCUCGACGCAGUCAUGUUGAUCCUAAGAAACCAAAACGAAAUCCGGCCAAUUUCAAAUUUCAUUGUGACCAGUGUAACUAUAUGACGAAUAAUGGUGGGACAAUGGAACAUCAUAAACGGGCACAUACAGGAGAAAAACCUUUUGUUUGUGAUGUUUGCAAUAAACGUUUUGCUCAGAAAGCAAAUAUGAAAACUCAUCGAAAUCGACAUAUUCACCGGGACAAGAUAUUCCGUUGUGACACGUGUAAUAAAGCUUUUUCAUCUUAUGACAUUUACCUUGCUCAUCUUCGAACAAGAGAACAUGAACUUCGGGAACAUUUCGCUAUGAUGGCAUCUUCACAGUUGGCUUUAGAGUGUUUGGGUUGUGCAGUUACCUUCGAUAGCAUAUAUAACCUGAAUAAGCAUACAAGAAGCUGCCGUAUUGUUCGUACUCUACAAACUAAAUUUCGGUGUUUACCGUGUAAUGCCUAUGUCAGUGAUGUGGCAUCACUGAAAGCUCAUGUAAAAGCCCACGAAGGCAGUCAAAUCAUAUCGUGCCCUGUAUGUGGUGAACGCGGAUUCCCAGGUUUCAAUCAACUAAAUCAUCAUAUUACAAGGGCUCACGCUUUGAAAGUUAAUCGUCGCCACGUUUGUCGUUAUUGUGAAUCCACUUUCGAGAUUAAAAAAGACUUAGAUAUGCACAUUCGAAGUAUGCACGCUGAAGAAAGAAACGCUCGUCAAUCGAGGGGAGCUGUUGGUCGCCUGAAAUGUCGAUAUAACCAUUGUGAAUUCACAACAAAUUCGAUAAUGUUGUUAGAUCGACAUCAUGAUCAGCAUCGACGUCAGGAAGAAGAUGGGGAAGAUGUUGGACUUGAACUUCCUCCUGCUCGUUACUCAUACACAAAACGGAAAAAGCUAAAAUUGUCCAAGCGAAAUCGACUUGUUGAUGGAUACGAAGAUGAUGAGGAUGCAGAGACUGGUGAUGGCGAGGGAGAUGAUGACAUGGCUGAUGAUGAAGAUGAUACUUAUGAAGAUGUUGGUGUAGAUGGUAACGUUACUAGACGUACUAUUACUCUUAUAAAAUCCAAUACUCGUAAAGUACAAGGCAAUGAAGAAUACACUUCAGGUAGUACAGGUGGUGUUGGUGUUUUAAACGAAAGCAGUACAACUAAUCGUCGUAUGUCUAGGGCACGUCGUCUUCCGGCUUGGUAUAAAGAUUACGAUACUGAUUUUGUUAUGCAUGAAGAAGGUGUAAUGGACAGGGAAGAAGUACAAGCUCAACUCCCACCAGGUAUAGAAUUAGAAGAUCCAUCUGCUGUAGAUAAAGAAGAUGUUCCAACAGAGGAGUGGAAUAUUGUUGUAUAUGAUGAUGAUGAUGACGAAGAUGAAGAUGAAGAUAGUCCUAUAGAUUAUGAAGAUGAAGAUAGUAAUGUCAUAAACGAUAGUAGUACCUGUGAUACUACUGGACUAUUAAAUGUACAUGCUUUUGCAUAAUUAAGAAAACCCCUCCAGUAUACAAUAUAUAUGUACAGGUUUGAAUUAAGUUCAUUAUCCAUCAGAAUAUGUGUACAGCUCUUUUAAUCAUAAAAUAUUUAAAUAUAUGUAUAAUAAAAGGUUUUAUAAUUUGACACUUUCUAGUUUUUUAUGUCUUUUCUGUUAUUAUUUCAGAGUAUUUAUUUACUUCAUGUUUAUAUAUUCCUGUUACAGUUUCUUUGUUAUGACUGUUCGUUCUCAUUGUAUUUGGCACUUAGUUUUCUUUGCAUAGAAUAAGUAAAAUUUUUAGAUGUUUAUCCUCCUAUAUUUUUCUUCUAUGAAUUCAUUCUCAGCUAAAAUUCAUCAGUCAUCAUAUAUUUCUCAUUAACUUGUGUAUAUAUAUAUAUAUAUAUAUAUAUAUAUAUAUAUAUAUAUAUAUAUAUAUAGUGUGUGUGUGUGUGUUUUGUACUCCAUGAAUAAACUGGCAGCAUUUAUUCAAUAGAUCUUCGAAAGUUAUUAUUGGAUGGUAUAAAUUACAAAUUAUUUAAUCUAACAAUGAUGUCUAAUUCAACUACAUUUUUCUCCCUAAAAGAUACAUUUCUCGUAGCGUUCGAUAGGUUCAGUUUAUCAAAAAAUAUUGUCUUCGCUCGUUUGAUAAGUGGUGAGAAGGGGGUUUGUGUUUUCACAAAUAAGUUGUUUCUAUAGUGUACAACACCCACCAAGAAUUAUUAUACUAGUAGUAGUAGUCUGUAUUGAAAAAUCUUGGUCAUAGUUAAGGUACUUUAACUAACAGUAUACUCAGCUAAUUAGGGUUUAGUUCAUCUGUAUUUAUUAGUUUGUUGUUUACUCCUGAUUGUACUAAUAAUUGCUCCAUGAUUACAUUUUAAAUUGUCGGCAUGUUCUCAUUAGAUGAAUCAAUGUAUCGCCCAUGUAUCCCACUUAGUAGAAAAUUGAUUGCACUCCUAUCCACCUGAUACAACAAAGGAUUUUACUUUCAUCCUUGUGUUUUCAACUAAAUUUGCAAACCUGCGUCAUUAUUAGCCCUCAGUUAGCAUGUUUCGAGUACACUGCCCGUGAGGUAUAUGAAAUUAAAGUAUAUCUAGAGCUCUUGAUGUAGCUUAAAAUGCAGGAUGGUCCUGUGUUUAGUUUCAGUAGGAAUUGUAAAUAUCGAUGUUUUUUGUUUUAUUUCAAGAUAUGAUCUCACCAUGGUCACUCUUGUAUUGGAAAUUGAAGUUACUGCAUAUUUCC